AUGGCGGCCACAAGACAAUCAAAGCAACAGAUUACAGAUUUAUUAAUGAACGAUAAAAGCAUUCUAAAUUCGAUUGCUGAGGUAGUCUCCUUAACCAUUAUUGACAAAUUAUCGCACAGCGAAGCAACAAUUCAAAAGGUUGCUGUUAAUAUUGUCCAGAACACUGAAUUUGUAAAGUCCGUCACGAGCAAACUUGGCAAUCAAAAGGACGCCAUCAAGCAAGAGCUAUGUGAGUCAAUUUUGUUUGAUAGCAGUGAGGACAGGAAUAAGAUAAAGCAGCUUGAGGAGCUCUGCAAUGAAUUGCAAAGAAAAAACAAAGAUUUAGAGUGGGAAUUCGAAAGUCUCGAACAGUAUGGUCGACGUAACUGCUUACUCAUACAUGGAGUUGCUGAACGGUCAAAUGAAUUGACAGAGAAUACGGAUGCCAUAUUAUUAUUAUUAAAACUAUUAAUAAACUUAUUUACAAACAAUAACCCUUCAGCCUACGCUGCUUUUAAAGGGGUUGUUUACAUAAAAGAAAGUACAAAAUAA